CUCCAAUUUCAACGAGAGAGCGCGAUAUACGCAACGUAGGCAGACAAAUAGAUACAUACAUACGAUACGUACCUAUUCACCGAUUUUGUCUCGUGUCAAUAGGCGGUGAUCGCGUAUGGUUUAUCCGAGUUUUGCGAGGACCGAAGGAAAGGAAGACAACGUGUGAGAUCCACAACGUCCACAAGCGCUACGGAAAACGACCAAGUGUUGGCGACAUGCGGCUAUGACGUUUUUAAAAUUCACCCGAGCGAAAUAUAUUGCUGUUAUGUAGUACGAUGACGUAUAGACGUCAAGAUCACACGGAGUACUUAUUUUUUUUCAGCUGUUAUCAUGGGAUCUAGAUUAAGGGAAAAUGUCAAACAGCUUUUUGAAUGCUUCUGCGAGGUAGCCGCAUCAAUAGGAGAAAAGCCAGCUUGGAUACUCCAGAAAUAUCCCAAUUCCUUUUCGGAUGAAGAGAUACUUAAAUCCGUUCCUAAAUUUGCAUAUCCUUGCGAAUUUGAAAAUUUAUUGGUACAGCACUUUUCGUUCGUGCUUACUAGCAUAGAUUCAAAAUGGACUUUUGGAUUCUGCCGUCACGAUCCCAAAACAGAAACGGCUUUAGUAGUCCUGAGUGCACUUCCGUGGCACGAAACAUUUUACAAAUUAUUGAAUCACAUUGCAUCCUUGACCAGCAAUGCCAGCGGAGAAGAUCUGUGGAAAUUUCUUGAGAGUGUACAUACGUGUGGAGUUCCAGUGCCUGGAAACUCCCUAUCCAUCCCUUUACCAAAUUCUACAUUAAAUUUUAUUUGUCAAAGCCCAAAACAGUUUCAAUUACCUAGUAUCCCUGAAAAUAGGAACUUGACUGAAUAUUAUAGCGCUGUAGAUUCGCACAAUAUGAUGAUGAUAUUCGCAUCUAUGUUAUACGAACGCCGUAUCAUUUUUAUUUCAAAACGUCUAUCAAGAUUGAGUGCAUGUGUACAAGCAUGCAACGCUUUAAUUUAUCCAAUGAUUUGGCAACAUAUAUACAUCCCCGUUCUGCCAUUAUCAUUAAUAGAUUAUUUAUUAGCGCCUAUGCCAUUCUUAAUUGGUGUGCCUACCCUGACGCUUCAGAAAGUACCCAAGAGUGAUUUAGGAGAAGUUGUUAUUUUAGAUGCUGAUAAUAAUACAAUUGAAUCACCGUUUCAAGAUCUGGAGUCUUUACCUCAAGACGUAGUAACGAAUUUGAAGAAAGCGUUACGCAACAGGCCAGCUCUUCUCGGAGAUGGCGUAUCAAGGGCAUUCCUGCGUGCGUUAGUGCAGUUAACAGCAGGUUAUAGAGAAGCAUUAACUUUACAGCAGGGUGAGCGUAUUACGUUCAAUCAAAAUGCAUUCGUCGAAAGUAGGCCAUCUUCUAUGCAACCCUUUUUACGAAAGAUGUUGGAAUUACAAAUUUUCCAACAAUUUAUAGAAGAAAGGCUGAACAUGCUCAAUUCAGGACUCGGUUUCUCGGACGAGUUCGAAAUGGAAGCCUGCAGUUAUUCAGCCAAAUCAAGUAGUAAAUUUAUGCAGCAGUAUAGGGAAUGGACUUACACCAUGCGAAAAGAAAGCUCCGCAUUUUUCCGUAGUGUAAAAGAUAAGGCUAAUCCAGCAGUAAAAUAUGCUGUUAAAUCAGUGAAAGAUAAAGGCAAAGAUAUGAAAACGGCAUAUAAAGGAUUAAAGUGGAAAGGACGGUCUAAUAGAAGUGAAACCAGUAUGAGAUUUCACCAGCCACGAUCGGCUCCUAGCUCGCCUACAUUAGACAGAAGACCUAUUGGAUUUACAUCCCCACCAAAGUCUCCAAAUGGUAUAUCAGCAGCAACUAGUUACCGAAAGGACUUGCGUUUGCGGAAUAGCAAUUUCACUGAUACAAGUAGAAAACAAUACUCACCUUUAAGUCCUAGUUCUCCUGAAGAAUCAGACUCUCCAUUGGAACGUAUAAAUAUAGAUCUUAUGCACGAACUUCGAGAUGUGAUAUUUCCAAAUACACCGCCUGUGGAUAGGACAUUGAAACCAGUACGCAGUUUAGACAGCUUGAGACCUGCAUGGAGUGGGCACUUACGGCACGGCCCUCUACCUAGUACUAUCAUUACAAAUCCACGCAAAGUUUCUUCGACAAAGCAAAUUUUAUUUUCCUCCUCCUCUCAUCCCCUUCCCUCAAACAAUUCGGGUAAUCAAUUGAAACCGUUUACUUCUAAUUCAGUGACUACAAAGUCAAAUAGUACCAUGGAGAUUGAAACGUCACCUUCACCUGUAUUGCCCGUGUUACACAAUCAAAAUGCUCAACCAAAUCAAUUUUUACGUGAAUUGCAUGUACAUAAUGAUUUCGUAAAACCUGUCGUUAACUUAUCAUCGUGCAUUCAUGAAAAAGAGAAUGCGAAAUCUCAAGAGAGAUUUUCUUCAAAUGAUAGAAAAUUCAAUCCGAAAGAUUGUCACAUUUUUACACGUGCCAAUCCAAUUCCAAAUACAUGGGAUGACGAACCUUUCAAUAGAUCUUUCAAAACGUCAAAUUUUCUUCACGAAGUAAACGAAGAUGAUCCUUUCGAUACGAGUAGAGUAUUCACGCCUACUUAUUUGCAACAAGCUGCGCCACUUUUUAAAUCCACGAUUUCCUCGAUGCCCGCUCAAUUUCAUCCAUUAUCACAUCCAUUCGAUACUACAUCCUGUUCUGCACAGGCUAAGGAUUCUCCCGAUGUCCCAGAUUUGAUACGGCUAGAUUCAACAAACAGCAACGACGAUUUCGAUCCGCUUCUAUCUAAAUCUUCCGAAUUUUCGAGCACAAAACAGAUGAGCCAAUCGUUACAUUUACCUGAAAUGGGUGAAGGUCUCAGUAACCCCUUAUACCCUUAUUUUCAACAACCGUUGCACAAAAACAAUGAGAAGGCGAAAACCUCUGAUAAUGUGGGUGAUAUGGAUUUAUUACAGGCGUAUGGUAUAGACUUUAAUAAAUUUAGCUUAUCCAAUGGUGAUAAUCCAUCCGCAAUGAAUACCGCCGCGUGUAAUCGAAGUGAUAACAGUAUUAAUAACACGAUGGACACAUUCAGUUUAACGCUGAAUACACCUGCCAUUAAAUCACAAAAUAAUUGGACGAAGUUUGAGUAAAUAUUAGUAUUAUAUAUAUAUAUAUAUAUAUACAUAUAUAUGCCUACACACAUUAUAAUUGUAAAUAUAUCAUUAGUAUUUUGUUAUGCAUUUAGAUACCUUUAUCAGCAAACAGUCUCAUUAACACUCCUUUAUAAGAUCAUCUCAUCAUGUUAGCCAAUAAUUAUCAUGUUAUACACAGAAUCAACCGCCGGAAUACUGUUUUGCGUCGUAAACGACAUAUACUUAUGUACUUUGUAUACUUUCGUAUUAAAAGCCAAUGGCAUCUGUGCAUGCAUA